AUGAACUAUUCAGACUAUAUAAACCCUCCUCUGUCCUUACCAUCUGCCCUGGCCACAGACGAAGGGUCUCCCUUGUGGAACAACAAAGGCGACAACGCGUGGCAGCUCAUCGCCACCAACCUGGUGUGCAUCCAGAGCGUCCCGGGCCUCGUCAUCCUCUACGGCAGCGUGGUGAAGAAGAAAUGGGCGGUCAACUCUGCCUUCAUGGCCCUCUACGCUUUCGCCGCCGUGCUUCUCUGCUGGGUCCUGUGGGCUCAUCACAUGGCCUUUGGUACCCUGAGGAAGAACCCUCACCUGGUGGCCAACCCGGCCUUCUCCGCCACCGAAACCUACCUCCUCCGCCAGUCCAAAAUCGGAUGGGUGCCCAUGGCGGACUACGUCUUCUACCAGUUCGCGUUCGCUGCGAUCACCGUCAUACUCCUCGCGGGCUCCUUACUGGGAAGGAUGAACUUCUACGCUUGGAUGUUGUUCGUCCCUCUCUGGCUCACCUUCAGCUACACUGUCGGAGCUUACGCAAUCUGGGGCGGCGGCUUCCUCGGCGGUUGCAUCAUAGACUACGCCGGUGGCUUCGUCAUUCACCUCUCCUCCGGCAUCGCCGGUUUCACCGCUGCUUUCUGGGUGGGACCCAGGCACGCGCGUGACAGGCAGCACUUCCCGCCCAACAACAUAAUCCACAUGCUGGCGGGAGCAGGUUUCCUGUGGCUGGGGUGGACAGGGUUCAACGGCGGCUCCCCCUUCGCCGCCAGCUUGAUCGCUUCGCUCGCCAUCUUCAACACACAUCUCUGCACAGCGACCAGCAUCCUCAUUUGGGUUUCGCUCGACAUGGUUGUCUACAAGAAGAGCUCCGUCAUCGGAGCCGUCCAAGGUAUGAUCACGGGGCUCGUCUGCAUCACCCCGGGCGCCGGCGUGGUGGACCCCUGGACAGCUGUCCUCAUGGGAGCUCUCUCCGGUUCGGUCCCCUGGUACACCAUGAUGGUGCUGCACAAGAGGUCCGCCUUCUUCCAGAGCGUGGACGACACGCUCGCCGUCUUCCACACCCACGCGGUGGCUGGGGUCAUGGGAGGGGUCGUGUCCGGGCUGUUCGCCAAGCCCAAGCUUCUGAGGAUCAUGUACCCGACCUCCACCUACGGGACCGGCCUCGUUUACAGCGUCUCGGGCUCGAGGAGGCUCGCAGACGGGCUCAAACAGAUGGGCUGUCAGUUCGCGGGAGCAGGCUUCAUUACUCUGUGGAACGUGGUGGUCACGAGCUUGAUAUGCAUUGUGAUUGGAUGGAUUAUUGAUCUGAGGAUGAAGGAAGAGGACCUCGAGAUUGGAGACGAUGCUGUCCAUGGCGAAGAAGCUUAUGCGCUUUGGGGAGAUGAGGACACUAUGCUACUCAUGAGGCCUCGGCGGCUCAACCCAAGGAUUCCUUCUUUCUGCCGUACAGAUCCUCGACAGUGA